AACCCUUAAAUCCACAGAUUAUUACUACUCAUCCAUUGUUUUCAUCAUCUACCUUCGUACCUCAAAACUCCAACUAUUCCUACAGGACCAAGAAACACCAAAAAAUCAAACAAACCCUAAAAUAAUCUCAAACAAUGAAGUGUUGUUACAAAUCAUCAUCAUCAAUCCUCUCAACCAAUCAUCAUCACCACCACCACCCACUCUUCUACAAACAACAAAUCUCCUCUCUACCACCACUACCAUCUUCCUUCCCAUCAACUCUCUCUUACCCAACCCGAACCCGAUUCACAUCAACCCGGAUCCAAGCCCGACUCAUCCACGACGACCCUGUCAAAGAAUCAUCACAAGACCUAACCUUCUACGAUCUUCUUGGCGUCACAGAUUCAGUCACGCUCCCUGAAAUCAAACAAGCUUAUAAACAACUCGCAAGAAAAUACCAUCCAGACGUUUCUCCUCCUGAUCGGGUCGAAGAGUAUACGGAUCGGUUUAUAAGAGUUCAAGAAGCUUAUGAAACUCUCUCUGAUCCUCGCCGGAGAGUUUUGUAUGAUCGUGAUUUGUCUAUGGGCUUCUCUUUCUCUUUCUCCGGUAGACGCCGUAACCGAUACGAUGAGGAAGUAGUAGAGGAGAAGAGUGAGUGGAAGGCAAAAUGGCAAAGUCAGCUAUCAGGGUUAAGGAGAAGAAGUAAUCAGAAAGAUGAUAACUCGAUGUCUUGGGCUGCUAGGAUGCGUCGUCAACGUCAAGAUUCUUCUUCUUGACAUACAACAACACCAAAGUCUCUCUACUCUAUAGUUUUCUUUAUGUAUAGUCUUUUUAAUUGUUUAUGUGUAAUAUAAUAGAAAAAGCAUAGCAUCAAAUACACUAGCAACUUUGUAUAUAUAUAUGUAUAAACUUUUGCAUGUGCUUAAGCCAAUCGGCAAGCAUGUGUUAAAUAGAUAUAAACCCUGAUUACUAAA